CGGGGUCGAUAAAUUAAGUAACAGUUGUGUACUGGGGUCUAUCUAAUCGACUGGCCCCUACCCCAAAAUUUCGGGCCUGGUACCGAAAGUAGAAAAGAAUAUAUAUUUCUUCUACAUUGACUUGUUCGUGUUAAAUGACAUCGAAAUUGAUAAAGAAUUCGGUUGUUUAUGACAACCAAAUUUCCAUCACUUUUGAGAUGUUGGAAUUUGUUGCUGAGUAGCUCCAGGUAAGUUCUGAUCAAACACACCUGCGGCCCAUAAUCAAUGAGUUGAAUAUAACAAGAUAAGAUCCAUACAUCCACAGCUUAAGAGAUAGAGUAUCUUCACAGAUCUAUACCAGAUCUGUACCAGAUCUAUACAGUGUCUUUAUCUGGCUGAGGUAUGGACCACAGAUUCCAUAGCUCAAGACAAACAGGGUCUCCACCUGCCUGACCAACAGACUGUACAUUCCAAUAUUCAGGGUUUAAUUUUCACCAGUCAGACUGUAAUAAGCAGAGUAAUGUAGCUGACCAAGAGACACAACAUAAUGACUGUUGUUAGGUUUGUUAGUGCCAGGAAGAACAUUCAGAUAUAAAUAAUAAUUUAGAAAAAUUGAAGUUUCCAAUAUUAUGUAAUUUCCUGAGAGAUUUCAGAUUUCUUUAUAUUGUUGUUUACCUCAUUUUAUAAGGCUUUGAAACGAUUUUUUUUUCCUAGCAUAUUUCAUUUAAAAGAUGGAAGUUGAUAAGAAUAUAAGUAAAAUUUGGCGUGGUGACACUCAAUACAUUCAAGAAUAUAUUAAACAAAAUCCACGGAAAAUCAACAAAACCAAUUCAUGGGGUCUCACAUAUCUGAUGGUUGCCUGUCGACUGGGCAACACAGAUUUGAUAAAUUUCUUGAUAAAGUCCGGAGCUGAUUUAGACAUGAGGGACAGAGACGGUAAAACUGCCUCCCAUUAUGCAUUGUUUGCGUAAGUUAAGAAUUAAAUAAAUCAAAU